AUGAACAGUACAUUGCCAUCCAUGAAGAGUACGUUUGUCCUGAAUUAUCCAUAUGUCAACACUCCCAUGACUCUAAUUCAGCCUCGAAUUCAAUACUUCCACAAAUAUGCUACUUUAGCCAUGUCUAUUCUUUGGCUCGACUCCCAUCUUUUGAACCGGUCUGUUCCUUUUAACAGCCACUCUGAAGUUCAGCUUUCUGCAAAAGUUGGUACUCUAAACCUUGCAUUUGGCAUGAGCAUAACUUACGAUACAAAUGCUAGAGAAUUUUACGUGUUUGAAACAGGCACUAGCAUGACAAAUUCGGAUUGUGAAGCAUCAGUUGUUCUGUCUCGACGUAAUCUUGGAUUGACCCUUACUGAGGAGAGGAUCAUAAAUGUCACAAUUGAUUCAAAAUCACGGAUGUCUUCACUCCUCACAUUAAGGAGAGCAUCGCCAUCCAUGAAGAAUACAGUUUUCCUGAAAAUUCUAGAUUACAACUCUUGCCUGUUUCGAUUUCGGCAUCAAGUUCAUUACUUCUCGAAAAAUGCUGCUUUAGCCAUAUGUGUUCCUUGGAUCCGCUAUCUUCCUUUUUUCCGAACCCCUGAAGUUCAUUUUGAUGCAACAAUUGGUUCUUCGAACCUUGCAUUUGCUGUGGAGACCAUAUUCAAUACAAUCUCUAGAGAAUUUAGAAUUUUUCAUGCAGGCAUUAGCAUGGCAAAGACGUAUUGUGAUGCAGCGAUUAUUAUGGCACACGAAGGUGACUUUCUAAGGGCAUCAUAUGUCCACUACUUUGAUCAUGAGAAGAAAGUUGCAGCAGCAGCAUCGAUCUCUAGGCAUUUUUCUGGGAAGGAGAACUUACUUGUAGUCGGAGGAUCAUGGACUAUGGACAAUCUAACGACAAUUAAGGCAAGGUUUGAUAAUCAUGGAAGGAUAGGCACUCUUCUGCAGCAUGAAAUCAAACCCAAGUCCAACUUAACAAUUUCUAUAGAAUUUGACGCCAGAGCCCUUGACAAAAGACCUGCAAUUGGAUUGGCUCUCUCUCUGGCAUGCUACUCUACAAUAGUCACCAGUGCAUUAGCAUCUCAACUUCUCCCAAUACUGGAGUGGCAUAUCCUUGCUGCAUAUUUUGCCAAACUUGGAGAUCGCCAUAAAGAAGGUAUUGUAAUGGAAUUUGAUUUCGGGGAGACUCGUACUGCUAUUGGAGGCAAAGUUGGUACAGUUUCACCGGUGCUUAGUUCUCAGCUCGCUCUUGUAAACUUAGAUCAUGUUCUUUUACUUCAGUACUACCUAUCUCAUGUCUUUCCAUAA